AUGAUGGCGAUCGGAAGCGAGAAUCUCCCAGCGAACGAAGCAAAGAAACCAAAGUUGGAAGUCGAGCAACAGAAUUUGACUGUGCGUUUCGCUAAACUCAACGAGAAUGCGCACGAACCAACGUAUGGCUCAAUAUGUGCGGCUGGUGCUGAUCUCUACAGCGCUGAGGAUUGUGUGAUUCCCGCUAAAGGAAAAUAUUGUGUAUCAACGGGGAUUCAAGUCGAACUACCUUACGGCUACUAUGGACGUGUUGCACCCCGGUCAGGGCUUGCCGCAAAGCAUUUCAUUGAUGUGGGCGCAGGAGUGGUUGAUUCGGAUUAUCGGGGGGAAUUGAAAGUUCUGCUUUUCAACUUCGGUGACGCUGAUUUUACGGUAAAGCAAGGCGACCGUGUUGCCCAAUUCAUUUGUGAGCGAAUCGCUCACGUGAAAUACCAAGAAGUCGGCUCUCUGACGAAUACGGAUCGUGGGGAUGCAGGUUUCGGAUCGACCGGAAAA